AUGAAAACUGGUGCGUAUAAUAGAAAACCCACCGCAGGACGAUGGAGGAGGGUCUGCCGCACAGGAACGGCGAUGACCCGCCAAAGAAACGACAGCAGAGCGCCGGAUCGGCAUAAAGUCUACAUCAUGUGAUAGUGGAUCAGAAGCAAGAGAAUGGGGCUGCGGUUGGUGGAAAAGGGGCACCACAGCCAGCGGAUGGCGAUCUUUGGGGCGGUCUUCAUCAUCACGACCCUCCUCAUUCUCUACAGCUCCAACACUGGUAAUGACCUGUAUGGGUCUUUUAAAGGAGGGCCGUUUCACGAAGCCUACAAAACCACGAACCUGAAGAAAUGGGCUGGCAAAGAAGGCUACACCCCUGUCUUCGGCAACAAGAGCAUGAACCUGCGCUGUCACCAGUGCGCGCUGGUGAUGAGCUCCAGCCACGUCCUGGGCACCCACGCUGGAGAGGAGAUUGACCGCUUCGAGUGUGUGAUCCGCAUGAACGAUGCCCCGACCUCUGGGUUCGAGCCAGAUGUGGGGAACCGGACCAGCCUGCGUGUCGUCGCCCACUCCAGCGUGUUCCGGGUCAUCCGCAAGCCGCAGGAAUUCCUCAACCGCUCUGAGAACCUGUCCGUCAUCUUCUGGGGCCCGCCCACCAAGAUCGGACGAGACGCCAAAGGAACACUGUACAGGCUGAUCCAGCGGGUCAGCAUGACCUACAGCAACGUGUCCACCUUCACCAUCUCCCCGAGCAAAAUGCGCAAGUUCGACACGCUCUUUCAGAAGGAGACCGGCCGAGACAGACAGAAGUCAAAGUCAUGGCUGAGCACCGGCUGGUUCACCAUGGUGAUCUCCAUCGAGAUAUGCGAUAACAUCACGGUUUAUGGGAUGGUGCCUCCAAACUACUGUGGGAGGCACCCUCAGCCCAAGCGGAUGCCGUAUCACUACUACAAACCCAGAGGGCCGGACGAAUGCAUGACGUACCUGCAGAACGAGAAGGGUCGCAGAGGAAACCACCAUCGCUUCAUCACUGAGAAACAGGUGUUCUCUCGCUGGGCCAAACUCUACAACAUCACUUUCACACACCCCGCCUGGUGAGAAAUCGGUCCAACAUGGCGGCCAGCCCUUCUGUCAGCCCGACGAGAACCUGAUUCAAUACAGCUAGCAUAUGGCUAAAUUCAGCCUCAGGAGAAACUACACCAGUUUCUUCAAUCUAGGGCUGUUGAGUUUGAGCCAAAAUGACUUUCUCCUGUCACACAUUGAGCCUAAAGUGAGAUUAAUCCCAAAUGGCUGCCUAGUUCAUGUAAAUUACUUGCUAAAAUGAUCCAAAAUGGCUGCUGGCCUCACAUAAAUAGAAGCCCCAAAAGUGGGGUUUUAAGAAAGGAGCUGGUUCAAAUGGAAAUCUGAAGACCUUUACACUCUUGCAUUUUUAUCAGAGGUAGUAAACAGUGAACUAUGUGCAAGAAUCGUGAAGAAAAUGAUCUGAAAUGGCUGCUGGCUUCACAUAGCUAGCUAGCAAGCUAGCUAGCUAAAGAGGAGCCCAAAAAGUGGGGUGUUAAUAAAAGGAGCUGGCUAAAAUGGAAAUAGGAAGUAAGAAAUCUUCAGUAAAAACCUUUACACUCUUGUAUUUUUACCGUAGGUAAUAAAACAGUGAGCUGUGUUUCAAGAAUCUUGAAGAAAAUGAUCCAAAAUGGCUGCCGGCUUUACAUAGCUAACCAGCUAGCUAAAGUGGCGUCCAAAACAUGGGGUAUUAAGGAAGCAGCUGACUAAAACUGAAAUCUGAAGUAAGAAAUCUUCAGAAAAGACUUUACACUCUUGCAUUUUUACGGUAGGUAAUAAAACAGCGAGCUGUGUGCAGGAUUUACAGAACUAGCCAAGCUGAACAAUCAAAGCUCUCACUUUGUAAUUCUUUCAUUUGGGACUUCAGUUCUCAAUCACAAGUGAAAUGAACCCUGUGUGAGUAGAUUUUUUGGUAGGAACGUGAUAAAAAAAGUCUUUAUUAUACAGUUUGGCCAUCCUAAAGGCUGGCAGAUAUUCCAGCUUUUGUUUAUCAAAUGAAAGAAUAAAUUAUGCUAAAGGUUUUAUGAGACGUUAAGAACUUUGCAAUAAUCUGCAAAUCAGUGCUGAGCACUCUUUAUUUUUUUUGUAAGGUGAAAUGUUACUGAAAAAUGAUAUUUUUAAACCUUUAUAAUAUAUUGAAAAUGCCCGUUAACCAUAAAAUAAAGGCUAGAAAUUACGUCGUAGUCCUCCCCGUAGAAAAUAAAGCACCUCUUGUGGACUUAGGGGAAAACCGCACUUGUGAGCUUUUUCCCAACACACUAGUGCCAUUCUACACAACAGCUUCCCAAAAGCACAGCCACCUUAAGGUCAUCUUACCUCCUAGAGACUCUGUUCAGAGUGAUAUGCUUUCUAUUAUCUCAUGAUGAUUUUAGAUCUUCAGUGCUUUUAGGCUAAAUUGACCCUCUCAUUGCAGUGGUGCACGGUUUGUAUGUACCAGCGUGUCCAGUGUCCAGGCAGCACCAGGUUCGAAGCUGGACUCUGCAUCAUAGUCCCUCUGUUUAAAGAAUCGUCGCUGUCCUAUCAAAACCUCACAACUGCCUUUUUACUAUUUUAAUUAUUAUUUUUUUUACAUCAGCAUCCAUUCAAAUUAACAUUUUAUGAUAAACUGACCAAUAAAAAUGUUCCAAAAUUACUUGGAAUUACAUCAGUUUACAUUAAAGUAUAAUGAAUAAUGUAUAAACGGAUCUGUUUUUCCUUACCGUUUUACCGACAUGAGCAUUUUUGUGGCCGGUACUGACUCUAAUUUUAAGCUGACCGUAAGUAAAUGAUAAAAUUCUGGUAACGUAAAAUAAAUUUUACAUUUAUAUUUUAGAUUUAUAAUUUUAUACUGUGACAAUAUUAGUUCAACAGCACAUAAAUGACUGAUAUGAUUGUCUGUUCUGAAUGGUCACACAACGUGAAUAUUGUAGCGCUUGGGCGGGGCUAGCACUGGGGGCAGGGGCUUUCCAGCAUCUGCAAAGAAUUCCCAUAUUGGCUUUUGUUAUUGUAAUCGUGAUGAUGUUUUGUAUUGUGUCAUCAGGAGGUCGUGAGUUCGUAUCCCGCCGAUGCCGCUAACAAAAAAAGUUGGCAAUUAUUGACGCAUUAUGGGAUAAUGUUGUCAAUAUAGUAUUGAAUUAAACGAUAUGUCGUUCAGGCUCCGUUUCAGAGAUGCGAGGUUUUUUUACGACAGCAACGAUAUGUGGUCACUGCCCACCCGCCACUUUUCUCAGAUAGAGCGUCGAGAUGUAAUAGAAUGAUUCAUUUCGCUGACAAGAAUCUAGAAUUCCUCAAGCUGGCCUUCUGAACUUGAGUCUUCAUUCUCUCAACCAAGCCAACAUGCUGUGCCCAGACUGUCCAGGACGUUACGUCCAGAUCGGCCUACAGAAACAAAGGAACUGAACAUCUAAACAAAAGCCAAAAGUGUGGAAAGGGAUGGUGAUUUAGACAAUACAGACAGACAAACUGUCGAUGUGUAAAAGCCUUAACCUCUGUUUGUGUUGACCGGCAGUUACAGUGAUGUUUCCUUGUGAAAUCGGAGUUCCAAAGGCUGUAACUGCCAGCACAUUUAGUAUGAAGUUCUUAUAGUUCAGUACAGGGCCUUUGUGCACUCGCCCUGAUUGUCAAACACUCACACAUAUGUAUACAUAGAUAUUUAAAUAUAUAUAUAUACAUCUAUAAAUGUCAUCAUGCCGUUACUUGCUUGAAGCUUUUUUGCUGCUCACAUGACUUUACACAAAAAUGCUCUUGGCAUGCUGUGAUUGGACUGUUUUAUUUCUGACAGUGUUUUGAUUGGAGGGGGUUAAUGACCUCAGUUUUUACUGUGAAUGUUACCGCUAUCUCCAUUUGAUCCAUGAUUAGUUAACUCUACUGGCAGGUGAGUAAACCUUUAUGAACUUGAACUACCUUAAAGUGACAGUUUGAAGUCAAACGUACACGUUUCCCUCUUCCCCCAAAUCGAGUCGACAAGUUUGCUUCUUUAGUUUUUGCACUGGAGCUAUGAGGCUAAUAUAGUAAUGGAUUUGUUCACCGAUUAGCAUCGUGCUAACUGCAUGCCUCAAACCAUAUCUAGUUGUGAUCUCAAACAGACUUGCUUAUGUGGUUUCUGACACUGUUAUCUAUUAAAAUGGUCCAAAUAUGCCUAGCAUUACUGCAGUUUGGGGUGAAUGGGAAAAUUUGUUUUACCAAACUAUCACUAAGAUUAAUCAAACACUGGGAUUCUGAUGCUAGAUGAAGGAGCUUCAGGAGUCGGGCAUCAGUCAGUAAAAGCUAAACAAUUAGCUAAAUUCCAGUUUGGUAUGCUGCAUCCCGACGCCCCAGGCACGUACAAAGAGGCCUUGUCCAAAAUAGCCCUGCACCCUUCCUCCUGCACCCUUGUCCUCUUAAAUUGGAACUCCACCGAUGCUUCAGAAUCUCUGCAUAAUUGUUUGAGAUGUCAACAAAGUCAUUCAGAGUGGUUUGGUGUGAAAUGGUUCAGAUUUCUUCACAGUGGUGGUGAUAGGAACCAGGGGUCGCCAUGACUACAACACAAAUAUAGCCAUUUUAUUUAU